AUGGGUUCUAAAAGGAAGCAGGUAAGAUUUGAAGAUGAAAUUGAAUGCAUGGACAGAAGAAGGAGUAGUAGAAUUGUUGCUUUGGAAGAGAAGAAGCAACUGGAAAAAGAAAGAAGAUUAGCUAUAGCUUUAGAAAGGAAGAACAAGCAUGGGAACCAUGAUGUGAAAAACAAAGGAAAAGGAAAAGCAACAAUGGAAGUAGGGGAUGACUUCAGUGACUUUAAUAAUGAGGAGGGUCCAACCAAGAAGGCACGCAGGAGCAAAGAAUUUAAUCAACUAAUUUCUUCAAUCAAGGAAUUAGGAAGACAAUCACAGAAUGCAAGUACUUCAGGGACAAAUGACUCAUCUUUGAAUGGUAUGCCAUUAAAGAACAUCCUUGAGAUUAUUAUAGACUUUUUACAGAGGAGAGACUUGGAUGAACUAUUUGCUGAGCCAGUUAAUCCUAAUGUGGUGGAGAAUUACUAUGAAAUUGUGAAGCAGCCAAUGGAUUUUGCUACCAUGAGGGCCAAACUUCAUGAGGGCAUGUACACAGACAUUGAACAAUUCAAGCGUGAUAUAUUUCUGAUCUGCUCAAACGCAGUUAGUGCUUAUCCUGAAGGAUCAAGAUAUCAGGAAGUGGCUGAAGAUAUCAGUAAACAUGCUAAGUGGACUUUUGAGGCUCUAAGAGUUGACCCUCAACAUCUUGAUGUAGAACUCUCACAUAACCAGAAACCCCCAAUUAGAAAGGCACAAAAGGGGCAACAGAGAACCCCAAGGAGGGUUGCUCCUAAACAUGGUAGGGCACAAAAUUCUACUGAAACACAGAAGAGGGACUCAUACUACCCUCCUAAUAAGCCAUUUUUUCCUCAAGCGCUAGAAUCGAGUAACAAUUCUAACAUCCAAUUGAAUGCAAAUACUAUUAACUACAAAGAAAGCCUUCUGCGGUUUGUGAAGGGCUUGGGACCAGUUGCUGAAAAGGUUGCAGCUCAGAAGAUAGCUGCAGCUCAGGAUCAGCAACUCUGCAUCAGAGAAAAUGUCUCGGGAAUUACGAAUAUGCAUCAGCCAACUCCAAAAGCACCAACACAUCCAGUCUCUCUCAAUGCUCAGACACUUCCUCUUUCUCUUCCGUUACUCAAUAGGCCACUCACUAUUCCUGGUUCUGCAGCUUGGGAAAACAGAACUGUCAACACCAAUAAUGUUGGCAGUGUUAACAUGGGGGAUAGACCUCAUCAGAGAAACCAGAUGAUUAGAGGUGAAAAUUGGCAUGCUUGUGCUGCUGCUCUUUUGAGCAACUUCUUUUUUGAGAAUGGCCAAGGGAGUAGCUCCAAUGCAAAUGAAACUAUGGACGCUAGGGCCCGCUUGAAGGGAAAAAUGGUUGCCCCAGUUGACAAUAUGCCUUCUCUUCUUGGACCUGUUCAAGAUAGUUACAAGAAACAGCACUUAGGAGUUAACAACAGCAGUAGCAGCAGCAAUACAAUUCAGUGGAAUAACUCCACUAACAUGCCAAACAUGUUUCCUACAGGAAGCUCCAGCAGUUUGUUUGCCCCUGGAAGCUCUAGGAAUUUGUUUCCCAUUGUUCAUCCUACACGGGUGAUUUCAGGGCCUCAGCCAAGGCCAAUGAGAACCACAUCAUUAAGCAGUGGAAGUACCCUUUCAGGGUUACCAGUGAUACAACAACCAGGGAUAGGAAACACCAUGACAUUGCCUAGGAAUAACCUCCCUCUGUACCAGUCAAUGCAAGGAAGCUCUACUUCUUGCAUGCCAAGCCACAACCUCGCUCAGCCAUCUCCUGUGCGCCAGCCAAGGCCAGAUGACAUUGUUAACCUUGCAGAUCUGCGGCUUAAGCCUCAGUCAGAUCCAAGAAACUUAAUGUAUGGAAUGCCUAGUAACAACCUUACAGGGGCAUCUCUUAUGCAAGAGCAUCAUCAGCCUUGGCCAGCAGAUUCCAGGUCUAGCCUCAAUUCCUCGAUGCUCUCUCCUUUGUGUCAACCACUGCAAGGACAGUCAGCUCCAUGUAAGAACCUAUCAGCAGUCUCAACUGUUUUUCCUUCCCUGCAUGCAAAUUUUUCUAAUGACUCAAACAAUUCAGUGUAUGGUUUAGAUCAGCCAAUGAGCUUUGAAGCCAUGAUGGAGUCUCAAAACUUCACCAAUGCAACUUGGCCAAUGCAGGCAAGUUUUGAACAAGUCACGAACCAGGCUGCAACAUUCAAUCAACCAGCAAGUCAGGGUUUCCCUGACAUGCAGAGGCAGGCACUUAAUCACGUACCAUUUCCCCCACAACAACCAAAUUCAUCUUCAUCUCUACAAAUGGCCUUGGGAGGUGCAACAAAUUUCUGUGGAGGAGGAAGGGCUCUUGCAGGCCAACAAGAAGAGUCACCUCCACAGCUUUCUUGGUACGGUGAUCCGAUACCAAACUUAGAUCUUGAGCUCUAA